UCCAGAACCUGCUUUAGCAUAGGGUUGAAAUAGAUGAUCUCCAGAGGUGCCUUCCAUCCCCUAUAACUCAGUGUAAUCCUCUAUAAUUUUGUGAAAUGCCAAAAUCUUUGUUUUCUAAUCAUAUUGAUACUCAUAUGUCCAAAAUUAAGCUUCUCCCAGAGUCCAGGAAUACAAAACAGGCUUUAGUACAGGCUUUAGUAGUUUCAAUGCAAAAUCAGUUUGUGUGGCUCUGAUAGAUUCUUCCAAUGAAGGCAUAGAUACUGCGUAGAAAUGUAAUCACAACACAACAUUGUGCUACAUUUUGGAACACCAUGCUAGUGCACAUGAAGAAGCAAAUGGAAAGGAAACGUCUGUGGAAGUUUCUGUUAUUACUGCUAGCUGUUAAACUUUAGAUGAAAGGAAAGAAGAAGCUAUCAAAUUAUGAAGGCUUAGCCCCUAUGAAAGAAGAGUGUUUCGGUGCAAAAAUUAAAUAUCUUAAUACGUACAGACUGGAACCAUAUAAUAAAUUUCAGGAUCAGUUAGUAAGAGACAAAGCUCAAGCAAUAUUAACGAGUAAACUUCAACAAGCCAAAUAUGAUGCAGAUUCUAGUCCAUCCUUGUGUGCUUCACUCUCAGAAGAAAUAUUAAAGGCUACAAAGGAAAUGGGCUUUGACCGUUAUAAGUACGUGGUAACAGUGCUAAUUGUGGAAAAGGCAGGUCAAGCAAUAAAUGUCGCCAGUAGAUGGGUCUGGGAUGUUCAAAGAGACACCUGGAUUUCGGCUAAAUACGAAACUGCAACAUUUAUUGCACUGGCUUUGAUAACAGCUUGUUAUUAUGAGUGACACUCCCAAGAUGACGCACCUGCUUCUGUGCAGCACAGUACUUGGUAUAUUUGAAAAUUUUCGGAACAUCCACUUACCAACAGCAUCAGUCCAAAGUCUAGCACAAAAAUAACAAACCUGAUGUGAUAGUUGAGAAAAUUUUGACCACUUUGCUUUGUAAAAAUAACUUCUGAAAUGUGUAAGGUUGAGUACAUAUGGGCUUCGUCUGUUGUAGCACUCUGCUGUGAAAGUCGGAGCAACUGGUGGAAAGUCGAACUUGAGUAAAUUCUGAAUGCUGCUUGUCUGUUGUGUGCAUUGAGUUGUUAAUGAAUACUUAGAAUAAAUUGUAGG